ACCGUGAAAUCAUGACCUGAGCCGAAGUCAGACACUUAACCGACUGAGCCACCCAGGUGCCCCUGGAGAGAUCCACGUUUACAUAGCACCCCACCAUGUAAGGACUGCCUGCAGGGAUGUUUAACUGUGCUAGAACUGAUUUCUCAUAACUGAAGAGACUUAAGUGGUAGCCAGGGAAGACAGAGAAGAAAAGAGGUGAAAAAGACGGAAAAUGUGCAGAAGUUCCUAGCGCUGUGAGGAAGCCUUGUUCGCAGGCCUAAUCACUAUAACUUUCACAAUCUCCACAGAUGUUAAAGACAUAUGGAAAAUUUUAGCGAUCAUCUAUGACAAACGUUGUACAAAAACAGAAGCAAACGUAAUUUCUUGAUGUGAUAAAUCUCCAGCCAUAAACCAGCAACAUACUUUGUGAUGUAGCAGCAGAAAGCACGCCCCCUGAAGUCAGACACAAAAGAAGGAUGCACACUGUCUCCACUUUCGCUUAACAUUUGUCUGGUAGUGUUAACCAAAGCGAAUACUUAGGAGAGGUGUACGUGUCAGGAAAAAAAGAUGGUAAAAAAUGAUAGUUCCUGAUGGAUGGUAUAAUUCGUACACCUGGAAAAUCCAAGAGAAAAAACUGAAAAUCCACCCCUCCUAGGCUAUAUUGCCUCUAAUGACUUUAAUUCACUUCAUUUUUUUAAUGUUUAUUUAUUUUGACGGGGUGGGGCAGAGAGAGGGAGAGAGAGAAUCUCAAGCAGGCUCCACAUCCAGGCUUAGUCCACUGAGCCACCCAGGAGCCCCUCUACUACGUCCUGAUGAAGGUGUUCAUGAUUAUGGGAAUCUGAAAACCAAGGAUUUUCAGGAAAAAUAGAUCUCUGAAGCCAGGCACAAAGGAUAAACCACAAUGCCUUAUUCAGGGUCCUAUCCUGAGCCUUAAGUCCCUGUUGCCCCCUAGAGCCAACAACCUUUUCCUAUGUCUUGUUAUUCUUCAUGUGAUGGUCCGUAUUUAGAGGAGUGGGUUCAUGCGCACAUGCGUAAAAGGUGUCUUCUUGAGUUCCUUUUUUGCAGGAAAAAGAAAAUGGUUGGGACUAAAAGAGUCACAAUCCAGGAGAAAACGGAUGUGACUGAAAGUUCCAGGCACCAGAAGACGGACACAGAAGACAGCAGCAAUGUGAAUGAACUAGCUCUGGAGAUAGUUAAGCGUGCCAUUGCUGCUGCUAUUAAGUUUGUGGAAGAAAGUAAAAACCCCAUCAAGAACAUCCAGUGGCUCACCCAUGGUGAAUUCACAGCAGAGAAAGGCCGUAGACAAAUUGAGAAGUUUGUUUUGACUUGGGAGUAUCAAGAACGCUGGGUGCACCACACACAGUUCAUAGAGAGGAAAGACGUGGUUCACAGCUACUACUACCUCUACUGCGUACGCUGGAGCAUCCCGACCGCUAUGAGACCCAUGCUACAAGUCUCCGCCUCUGCCUACUUCACCGUCAAGAUCACCAAAAACAAACCUCCAGAUAUGCCCAUUGAGGUCUCUUACGUCUUUGAGGGCCAUUCAUUAGUUCACAGACCAGGAAUGACUCGCUUUCGAGAAAAAUGGCUGAGGGACAUUACUGAGGCCAAAAGUAUUUUAAUGGAGUCAAUUGCCUUCUAAUUCAAUGGUGUCUAAUUCCUAUAGAAUGUUUUAGGAUUGGAUUUCUAAUCACAAUGUAUUAAAAAUACGAUACUGCACAUCAAACCACAGAAUGUUUAUUGAAUAAUAAACUUUUGGCAAACAAUC